AUGGCCGGGAAAUCGCACGCCAUUGUCUACGGCGCCUCUGGUAUCAUCGGCUGGGCCUUGGUUGACCAACUCCUCAGCCCUUACCCUCAUGCUGGCGCCUUUUCCAAAGUCACUGCGGUCACAAACCGCCCGCUUGAUCUUUCCCAGUCCCAUUGGCCUGAAAUCAACGCGCACAGGCCUGAACUAGACCUGAUCUCGAAUAUCAAUCUUCGCCACGGCGAUGGGGCGACAUUGGCAAAUUCCUUGAAGCAGGCAAAUGCCGACAUCGAAAGUGUGACCCACGUUUACUACUUGGUUUUCUCUGCUAUCGACGAUGAUCUCGAGGAGGUCGCAGUCAAUCGACAUAUGUUUGAAAAUGUAAUCGACGCCCACAACUUGAUCAGCCCGAAUCUCAAGUUUGUCGCAUUUCCGGGUGGUACACGAGGAUAUGGCAUCUAUGCCCCUGGCGGCACUUUCACCCCUCCUUUGCAAGAGGACAUGGUCAAUGACCUACCCUCUGACUACGCAAAAACCGUCGUCUAUCCUGUAUACCGGGAGAUUCUAAGCACAGCGAGUCAAGGGAAGAAAUGGACUUGGUGUGAGGUCUGCCCGGAUGCAAUCAUUGGGUUCACGCCCAACGGCUCUCAAUUUAGCCUGGCACUGCAUUGGGCCCAAUACCUGUCCUUGUACGCCUAUAACAACGGUGUUGGGCCCGAGAGCAAGGAUUCCAACGCAGUCGCUGUCGAAGUCCCCUUCCCGGGUAACGCCACCGCUGCUAAUGCGCUGUUCAGUCCAGUCUCUAGCAAGACUCUCGCGCGUUUCAUGAUCUAUGCCUCACUGCAUCCUGAGAAAUGUGGCGGUGGACGCUUGUUCAACGUCGCUGAUCGCGAUGAGCCAUGCACGUAUGGCGAGAUCUGGCCCCAGCUAGCAAAAUGGUUUGGUCUCGUGGGUGUAGGACCUGUUGAGACCUCAUCCGCAUCAGAUAAUACUUUGAAGGUCGGCGAGCUUCCUGGCGAUACUUUGGACUUGCCGCCUGGAAGGUAUAUCACCAAGUACCGGGAUAUCUUUGCACAGUGUGGGCGUGCAAACGCUGUUAGUGGAGGUGUUGGCGCGGGGAAUCAGCAGUUGGAUAGCGUGGGCUACUGGCUGACUUUUGACCGGCAAUUGAGUCUGAAGAAGCUGAGACAGGCAGGGUUUGAUGAGGACCACAAUCCGGUCGAGGGAUGGUUGGAAAGUUUUGGGAUGUUUAGAGAAGCUGGCCUGAUCCUCUAA